AUGGCGGGGCAAGACCGGUGGGUGUGGAGUUUAUGUCCGUCGGGCGAAUUCAAUGUGGCAAGUAUCAAAAAUAUUGCAGCAACAUUUGGUAGAACGGCUCCUGUGUACCCAUUUUUUUGGAAUAACUUCGUUCCUAAAAAGGUUGGGAUUGUUUCAUGGCGGGCGGUUAUGGAAAGGCUCCCUACUCGAAAUGCAUUGGCUGCCAGGAACAUUGAUAUUGGGGACCCGAGUUGCCCCUUCUGUGGUGAGUAUGCUGAAACAUGCGACCAUAUUUUCGUGUCUUGUCAUUUUGCUCAAGUUAUUUGGCUUGUUAUCGCCCAAUGGUGCAAUAUCCAGCCUGUGAUCGCAUUCAGCCUCAAAGACCUACUGGAUGCCCAUGUUGUUAUGGCCGGCUCCAAAAAGAGGAAGAAAGUAUUCAGUGCAAUUUUCCAGGUCGUCAUUUGGAGCAUCUGGAAGAUGAGAAAUGCGGUUGUCUUUGGUAACGAAUAUCCUAAUAUCUCCAAAGUGGUGGAAGAAUCAAAAUCGAUGAGCUUUCUUUGGAUUAAGCAUCGGACAAACUCUCUCGACUGGACUUGGAAUGAAUGGAAAAGUUUUCGGUUUGUAAUGUAA